GCUGCACGCAUUCAUUACUUGUAGGCGGGCAUGGCGUCUCUCACAAUGAAACCUCUUUAAAACCUUCCCCAACUCCCUCAAUCUUCCUUAUCCAUGGAAGUCACGGGAACACCCCUAUCCUUCUACCAUUGCUAACCGAAACCCUGUAACUGAUUUCAUCUACUGGGCAACCUAGGGCUUGAAGUAAUUCACGAGCAAAAUUGAUCAGAUAUCUGCACUCAAGUUCCGGCAUUUCCUGGAUUUCUGUCUUGUAACAGGGAAGCAAAAUCUAGCACUGAAACUAUUCUCUAGCUUUUCAAGGAAAUUCCAACUCUCUACAAUAAGCUUAUUCUGGCACACUUCCCAUGAAGGAGACAACUAUGGAAACCCUGAUUCCAUUAAUAUCCGGCUUCCCAAGCUUCUUCGCUCUGUUCUCCAUCAUAUAUCUAAUUGGUUACUCUCUAGUUUUCCGAACAUGGCAUCCAAAGCCCCGUCUCGACGCGUCGAGCUGCUUGAUCUCCCUGGCUCACGGAACCCCCGCGGUGUUCUUAGCAAUCUCGUCACUUCUCGCCAAUCCAUCGUCCUUCGCGUCUCCGAACUCCGAUUUCCAAAAUCUCGUUCUCGACUUCAGCAUUGCUUACUUUGCCGUCGAUCUCCUCCACCUAUUCAUUUUUUUCCCCGCCGAUUUUCUCUUCAUCGCCCAUCAUCUUGCCACCCUUUUCGUGUUUGUCACUUGCAGAUAUCUCGUUCGUCAUGGCGCUUUCUCAAUUUUGGUCCUUUUGGUUCUUGCGGAGUUAACCAGUGCUUUCCAGAACAUCUGGACGCUUGCUGGGCUUCGAAGAGAAGAGUUUCCCAUGGCCGAAAAUGUUCAUAGAAUCUUGUCACCACCAUUCUUUGCUUUGUAUUCGAUCAUGAGGGGAUUGUUGGGUCCGCUGUUCUUCUUAAAAAUGAGCAUGUUUUAUUUGAGUGGUGCCGCGGAUGACGUAAUUUCCAGGUGGAUUUUGGUUUCUUGGAUUGUAGUGGUUGGUGGAGCUAUAUUGGUCAGCAUUAUAUGGAUCACAAAUCACUGGAUGAAGCUUUUUAGGGAGAGGAAGACAGUUAGUGAUAAGAAAGGGUAUUAGUUCUAAUGUAACAAACAAAUGAGGAUUGCUUGAUAAUUGAAAUAGAUUGGUGCUUCAGGUGUCGGGCUGAAAUUAACAGCAUAAUGAGUUUUUGCUCCCUGAGGUAAUAGAAUAUGUAUCCUGAUUUAUGCCUAAUGCAUAUAUCGUUAUUUAACUUUGUUAAUAUAAUGUUA